AUGGCCGAUAUUACACCUACUCCUGAGCAACAGAUUAAGAUCCUUAUUGAUCGUAUAGGGGCUAGCUGUGAUAUUAAGAAAGAACAGAGGCAGGCACAUUAUGAGGCAUUUGGGAAGCUCUUUAGUGGCGACAGGAGAGGUAGUAGUUGGGAGGUUACAGCCCUAGAGAAGGCCUUAGAUGACUUUGCUGACCCUGAGAUCAUCGAAGACAUGAAAUUGGACAUACCAAAUAUCGUUGACAUCUUCGUGAUGGAAUUGGUCAAGACCUUACAUUGUACAUUCUUUUACCAUAAGGAGGUGGCUAUGGGUAAUACUCGAGGUGAUAACAUUGAAGAUGAUGAUGCCAAUGACAACAACAUCAUCAUCAACAACUGUUUCUAUCUCAACCGUUUUUAA